AUGCCGCACGCUACUUCGCCAUCGCCAGAGGCAGAAGCAACGAUGAAUGUGGAAGACAGUCACAUGACCGAUGCACCAGCGCUACCUCUAGAAGCAGAGCCAAGCAGUGACCUAGCAGAAUCUCAGGAACUACCCGCGAAUGGAGGCACUGCCAACCUGGAUAGCAUAUUCGACGACGACGAUGACGACGACGAGUAUUCCAGCAGUGCUCCUAGGAAGCCAGAAGACAGCUUGCAGGAUAUACCGCAACAAGUGUCAAAGCCCAAAUACUCCUCACCUGACAUAUUACGACAAUUCUACCAACGACUCUUUCCCUUCAGGCCACUCUUCCAAUGGUUGAAUCAUUCACCGACGCCUCAGCCUGAUUUUCAGAACCGAGAGUUUGCGUUUGUCUUGCCUGGAGGAGCAUAUAUCCGAUAUCAGUCCUUCGCUUCAGCAGACCUCUUCCGCAAGCAUGUCAACCCACGUGAUCGGAAGCAGCUCAGAAAAGCGAGUGCUUUCAGACCAGUCAUGAAAGAGCUGGUCUUCGAUAUCGACAUGACAGAUUAUGACCCGAUCAGAACGUGCUGUUCUGGUGCAGCAAUCUGUAACAAGUGCUGGCAAUUCAUUACUAUGGCGGUAAAGGUGGUGGAUACGGCACUACGAGAAGACUUUGGCUUUCAACACAUCCUCUGGGUAUACUCGGGCCGAAGAGGUGCUCACGCAUGGAUUAGUGACAAGCGUGCACGGGAAAUGGACGACACCAAACGAAGAUCAUUAGCAAACUACCUGGUCUUGGCUAUGGGCAACGAGCAGGGCAAGAGAGGUGGUAUCCGCCGGCCUUUGCACCCACACAUCGACCGCAGUCUUAAGAUCUUGAAUCCUUACUUCCAGACCGAUGUACUGGCCGAUCAAGAUCCCUGGGCGUCGACUGAGCAAGCAGAUAAAAUUUUGCAGUUGCUGCCGGACAAGGGCCUGACAACGGCAUUACAGAAGAAGUGGGACAGCAUGCCCGGCCGGACUUCCAACCAGAGAUGGGCAGACAUCGAUGCCGUCGCUGAAGCAGGCCAUCUUUCUACCAUGACUGCUAAGCAACUUGUUGAAGCGAAACAAGACAUUCGACUCGAGUACACAUACCCACGUCUUGAUGCCGAAGUGUCCAAGAAGCUGAAUCAUCUGCUCAAAUCACCAUUCGUCGUACAUCCCGGAACCGGCCGAGUCUGUGUACCAAUCGACACUCGAGACCUGGAGGCUUUCGAUCCGUUGAGUGUCCCGACUGUCACAGAGCUGCUACGCGAAAUUGACGAGUGGGACAAUGAGCACAAGGACAGCAUGAGUGCAGACGAGAAGGCCAAGGUGCAGGAUUGGCAGAAGACCAGGCUGAAGGGGUAUGUGGAGUUCUUCCGGGGUUAUGUUGCGGGACUGCUGAAGGAGGAGAACAAGGGCAAGAGAGGCCGAGAGGAGGACGUCGCUGCUGGUGCGGAUAGUAUGGAAUUCUGA